AUGUCGCUCCGACCGGGCGGCGGCGGCGGCCGGAAGGGCAGGGGGGAAGGUCGGACGGGGAAGUACAAGAAGAGUGUGGACAUGGUGGAGGCCAGGCGGCGGAGAGAGGAAGGGUUCGUGGAGAUCAGGAAGAACAAGCGGGCUGACAGCCUGUCCCGGAAGAGGCGGGAAUUGGCCUCAUACCCCGCGGGUGUUGACAUGCUGGGGCCUCACGUCUGCCGACAGCAUGCGGUCGGGAUUUCUCCGCAAUUCAUGCAUGAUGAGGUAUUCUUAUCAUUUUCUAUUUAAACCUGAUUUGGUGUCUAUCUUUUUGUCUUUUGUAUCUGACAAUUUUGGAGUGGAAUAAUUUUUUUUAUCUGUUUUUUUUUUUCCAAGUCGUGGUCCUGUGAUUCUUGGACGAAUUCUUGUUUGAAUUAAAGUGGUGGUUGGGUGGUUUAAGCGGUCUCCUGUACUUUUUUUGAAUUAUUACUGCAGUUCAUGUACGUAUCGGUGAUUGAAUUCAGCAUUUAAUGUGGUUCCCUCGUGGCGUUUGAAUGUUUUCGAUAUCUUUUUCUUCAGAAAUAUUACAUUAAUUUUUUCUUCCUCUCAAAUAGCUACUUCGUAAAACACUUCAUCGAAAACUGGUCGUUUUGUCUAUCCCGAUUCUUCCCAUUUGGAUGAGGUAAAUCAGCAUUCUGUCCAUUAGUUUAAAUUCCAACUAUUUGUGCUGUCAGUCAUAACUUUUGAAUCUCAUUACAAUGCUCUCUAGAAGUUAUAUUUUUCACAGAGUAUCAUACUCCAUAAACUUCGGGCACACGGUGCCGCACGCCUGUAGGGUAGAUUGGCAAACUCAACAUGUAGAAAUAAAUUUAAUUUUUCCCUGGUGAAAGGCAACAAAGUCAAAAGCCGAUUUAGAAUCUUUUGAGCUGGAAUGAUCUUGAGAAUCACUUUAAAAAGAAUCAAAUGGAAAAAAAAAUUUACUCGACAUAAUGUUAAAAAUUGAAGAAAAUUUAGUUGAGUGCUAUCUAACUACGAAAGUCCAUUAGAUCCCUCUGUUCGCUUCUUUGAAGGUUGAAUAUUUUAAUUUUCUUCUUGUGAUUAUUUGCUCUUGUUUUGUGCUGAUUUAAUUCAUGGGGUUGGUGUACCAUUGUAAUAAUUAUUUUCAUCUGUUUUUUUUUUGGACUUUGGAAACGCUCAUAACUGAAUAGUUUUUUGAAAAAUAUGCUUAUCACUUUAAUCUUAAACCCCGAUUUUUAGUUUUUUUUCUCUUAUGUCAGUUGGAAAGAGUUACUGACAUGGCACAACGACUAUGGUCUGAAGAUCUUGUUGAGCAGGCGAAUGCAUCCAAAUAUUUUAGGAUGAUCAUAGCAAUAGGUAUUUCUUUGUCUCCCCGUUUUCGUAUAGAUUGUAUCAUACCGUCCACAUCUAGUAAUAUGGAGCUUUCCUUAUUCUAAACUUGUAUUAUAUUUCUAUAGAAGAAAACCCUCCUAUCGACCUGGUGAUCAAGGCAGGUGUUGUUCCACGUUUAGUGCAGUUUCUUUUAAGAAAAGAUCAGCCCUCUCUGCAGGUACGUCUACUUAAAGUAGCAGUCACAAGCAUUUUAUAAGAUGUCAAAGAUUUCACAGCUGCGGCGAUUGCUUAAAUUUUCUAGUUUGAAGCAGCAUGGACUUUGACAAAUGUGGCCUCAGGGACAUCAGAGCAGACCCAGGUCGUGGUUGACCAUGGUGCUGUUCCAAACCUUGUGCAACUUCUGAGCUCUCCAAUGGAAGAAGUUCGAGAACAGGUUAUGUAAAUUGUUAUUUAAUUUUCUAACUGGAGAUUGUGCAAUGCAUUUGCUCCUUUUCUUCGGAAAAUAAUUUAUUUUAUUUUAUAUACUUCAAUCAUUCUACAAAACAGGCUGUAUGGGCUCUGGGUAACGUUGCUGGAGACUCAUCCAGCUGUAGGGAUAUCAUCCUCGCCAAUGGAGCUCUGAUUCCAUUGCUUUCUCUACUGAACCCGCAAUCAAAGCUAUCGAUGCUGAGAAAUGCUAUAUGGACAAUGUCUAAUCUCUUUCGAGGUGACCCUUCACCGCAAUUUGAUCAGGUCUAGUGUGGUGGAAGUUCAGCAUUAAAUGAUUCCAUGUUUGUUCUAUGGUCUCUAACGUGAUACCAUCUUUAAAUUUUUACUAUUUGGUUUAUUGUGUUAGAUAAAGCCUGCUCUCUCAGUGCUCCCAAGGCUUGUCUAUUCAAAUGAUGAUGAUAUUCUGAAAAAUGCCUGCUGUGCUUUGGCUUAUCUUUUCAACGGAAAAAAUUACAAAAUUCAAGAUUUUAUAGACACAAAUAUCUGUGCAAGACUUGUGGAGCUGCUAAUGUAAGAUGACUUUAUUCUAUUUCGUCUUAUAAUAAAAAAAACAUUAUAAAAGUGUUAUUAAUAAUUGUAUUUAUCUAGGCAUCCAACUCUUUCAGUUCAAAUCGUUGCUCUUAAGACGGUGACAAAUAUUGCUGCUGGCGAUGACAUGAAGGCACAGGUAUUUUUUAUAUUUACUUCUGUAGGAAGACUUCUGCCUUGAGUUAAUAGUACAUUCCAAGGAAAAAAUAUAUUUCCCCCAAGAUUUUAACUUCUUAUGUUACAAAAAUUUGUUAACCUUUACUUUUUAACGACGAAUGCAUGUCGAAUUAUAUUUUUAUGUCAAAAAUAUGUUAAUAUUCGUAUUAGUUCUUUAUUCUUCAUUGAUUCUUUAAACAUUCUCAAAACACUCUUCCAGUUUAUUUGGUAUUAUCUUGUUGAUCUGCUUGUGCUUUUAAUUCUUAAUUUUUUGCCAACUCUUCCGUCAAUGGAAAUUACAUUGUCUUCUUUUAUCAUCAUUUUCUCUUUGUUCUCUCCUAGUUUAUGCUUCUGAAUGGCAAAUCCAUCUAACUGCUUCAUGGAGAUCUACACCAAGAUUGGUGUGCACUUACGCAUUAAUUCAAUUUUUAAAAUACCAUAUGGGAUAUGGUAGUAUUUUGUGAAAUGGAUAUAAUUUAGUCUUUUAAUAAAUUCAAGUGAAGUAAAUUGGAAAAUUAAUUUCAAUUAUGCAUAGGUGGAUAAUUUUUAGAUGCUAUCCUUUAGAUGUAAAGUUUAAUAGUUUUUAGGGAAAUUAUGUAUAAAUGAUCUAUUUAUGGAGAUUGGAAACCCAAAUUCCAAAUUUUAUACAUCACUACGUUAUAUAUUAUUGAUCCCCGUUUCGUAAGACUGGUUCUUCAUCCCUCUCUUUCAUCCAUAGAGUGACUGCACAGAAAGAAUGGCAUGAGAGAUAUUUACGAGAGAGAGAGAGAGAGAGAGAGAACAGAAGGUGAGACGAGAUUUUUAAAUAAAGGGAUCAGAGGAAAAUGGGUUCAAGAGAGAAGAAAUGUGAGUAGGAAGAUAGAAGUGUAAGGACAAGUAUUUGGCGCAUGAGUAUAUUUAUUGUUGUGUGCAUAAAAUGAAUUAUUCCAGUGGACUUAAUGUAUGCGUUACUCGUACAUGCAUAUGACAGUUUUGGAAACUGGUGGACUUAAAAUAGUUUUUAUUAUUUUAUGAAUCGUAUUAGUAAUUUACGCAUUAUUAGUUUAUUUUAUUAUUUCCAGCUUGUCAUCGAUAAUGGGGUGCUCCCCUGUCUGCUUCAACUCCUCACACAUCAUCAUGAAAGCACCAUCAGGAGAUUUGCUUGCAGGAUUAUUUCCAACAUUGCUGCCGGGAAUAAAUCUCAGGUCCAGGUAAACGCAUCUAAGACCUCUCUCAUUCUUAAAUGAACUUGAUGUUUAAACAGGUACAUUGUAGAGGGGGGAAUACACAAUUUUAAUGUUGAGUGGGUAUGUGUUUGUGUUUUCUUUUUCUUUUUUUUUUCUGGUUUUAGACGCGAAAUUUUAAUAAAAGAACAAAAUCCCCGAUAAAAACAGAGUUAGUACGACGAUCAAUACGUCUUUUUGUUGUAUUUUUAUGUUUAAUAAUAACAGAAAAGCGGUAUGUGACAGACAGUCAUCGAUUCGAACAUCAUCCCCCCUCUCGUUUCUCUGCUCAAGCAAGCCGAAUUUGAUGUCAAGAGGGAAGUCGCAUGGGUGAUACUCAACGCCACUUCAGAGGGGACAUUCGAACAAAUCCAGUAAUUGUUUCUUUUCCACCACCACUAUUACCAUCAUCUCUCUUUUUCUUUUUCCAUUUCUGAAUUAAAAUGCUUUAUUUCUGAUAACUUUCCUUCUUUUUCUUCUUCUUUUUUUUUGUUUUUUUCCUCCUCUAUGUGUUUUCGCCUUCAAGCUUCAUUGCAAAUCAAGGAUGCAUCCGACCAUUGUGCGAUCUACUGGUGAGCCCAGACCCGGAUGCAGUGUCGGUGUGCCUGGAGGCCCUGGAGAACAUCCUGAAGGUGGGGGAGGCCGAGAAGGAACUGGGCAACCGUGAUGGGACCAACAUCUACGCACAGGAGGUGGAGGACUGCGACGGCCUGGCCAAGAUCGAGGACCUGCAGUUCCACCCCCAUGCCAGCGUCUCCGAUGCGGCCACCCGGAUGUUGGAGAGGUAUUGGGAGGAGGAGGAGGUGGUGAAAGAGGAGGAAGAGGAGGAAGGUGGGGGGGGUGAAAGGGACGACAAGGAGGAUGCCUCUGGUGAGGGGAAUUAG